AUGGAAGAUAUAGAAGGAUACGAACCACAUAUCACUCAAGAGUUGAUAGACCGUGGCCAUGCAAGACGUAUGGGCCACUUGGAAAACUACUUUGCUGUUUUGAGUAGGCAGAAAAUGUACUCGAAUUUUACUGUUUACGCGGAAUUGAAUAAAGGUGUUAAUAAGAGACAACUAAUGCUUGUCUUGAAAGUAUUACUUCAAAAAUACUCAACUCUUGCGCAUACAAUCAUUCCUAAGCAUUAUCCUCAUCAUGAAGCGUACUACUCUAGCGAAGAGUACCUUAGUAAACCUUUUCCACAGCAUGAUUUCAUAAAGGUGAUUUCUCAUCUUGAAUUCGAUGACUUGAUUAUGAAUAAUCAACCAGAAUACAGAGAAGUCAUGGAGAAAAUCUCAGAACAGUUCAAAAAGGAUGAUUUCAAAGUCACCAAUAGGUUAAUCGAAUUGAUUAGCCCUGUAAUCAUACCUCUGGGUAAUCCGAAGAGGCCUAAUUGGAGAUUGAUUUGUUUACCAGGUAAGGAUACUGAUGGGUUUGAAACGUGGAAAAACUUCGUUUAUGUCACUAACCACUGCGGCUCCGACGGUGUCAGUGGAUCGAAUUUUUUCAAAGAUUUAGCUCUACUCUUUUGUAAAAUCGAAGAAAAAGGGUUUGAUUAUGAUGAAGAGUUCAUCGAAGAUCAAGUCAUCAUUGACUAUGAUCGAGACUACACUGAAAUUUCUAAAUUGCCAAAACCGAUUACGGAUCGUAUUGACUACAAGCCAGCAUUGACUUCAUUACCCAAAUUCUUUUUAACAACCUUCAUUUAUGAACAUUGUAAUUUUAAAACCUCCAGCGAAUCUACACUUACAGCUAGAUAUAGCCCCUCUAGUAAUGCUAAUGCUAGUUACAAUUACUUGUUGCAUUUCAGUACUAAGCAAGUAGAACAAAUCAGAGCUCAGAUCAAGAAAAAUGUUCACGAUGGGUGCACCCUAACACCCUUCAUUCAAGCGUGCUUUCUUGUAGCCCUGUAUAGACUGGAUAAGCUGUUCACAAAAUCUCUUCUCGAGUAUGGGUUCGAUGUGGCUAUUCCAAGCAACGCAAGAAGGUUUUUACCAAACGAUGAAGAGUUAAGAGAUUCUUAUAAAUACGGCUCCAACGUUGGAGGUUCGCAUUACGCCUAUCUAAUCUCCUCAUUCGACAUUCCCGAAGGUGACAAUGACAAGUUUUGGAGUCUUGUCGAAUACUACUAUGACCGCUUUUUAGAAUCGUACGACAACGGUGACCACUUGAUUGGUCUGGGGGUCCUACAACUUGAUUUUAUCGUUGAAAACAAGAAUAUAGACAGCCUUCUUGCCAACUCUUAUUUGCACCAGCAAAGAGGCGGUGCAAUCAUCAGUAAUACAGGACUUGUCUCGCAAGAUACGACCAAGCCGUACUACGUUCGGGAUUUAAUCUUCUCGCAGUCUGCAGGCGCCUUGAGAUUUGCGUUCGGCCUAAACGUUUGCUCCACAAACGUGAAUGGUAUGAACAUGGACAUGAGCGUGGUUCAGGGCACUCUACGGGAUCGUGGCGAAUGGGAAUCGUUCUGCAAGCUCUUCUACCAAACCAUCGGCGAAUUUGCGUCGCUUUAA